CCUCUUUCUUCAACAAUUACUCCGUUUGAAGAUAUAGGUAGAGAUAGAGAUAGCAUCCAUGGAAAUGUCUAGAGGAAGCAACAGUUUUGACAAUAAGAAAACUAGUUGCCAGAGAGGUCACUGGAGACCUGUCGAAGAUGACAACCUCCGGAAACUCGUGAAACAAUAUGGUCCCAAAAACUGGAAUUUCAUUGCUCAACAUCUCUAUGGAAGAUCAGGGAAAAGCUGUAGAUUGAGAUGGUAUAAUCAACUUGAUCCAAACAUCACCAAGAAACCUUUCACCGAGGAAGAAGAAGAGAGACUGCUUACAGCUCAUCGGAUCCAGGGGAACCGUUGGGCCUCUAUAGCCCGGAUGUUCCCUGGGAGGACCGAUAACGCCGUCAAGAACCAUUUCCAUGUCAUCAUGGCUAGACGCAAACGUGAAAGCUUCUCUUCCACAGCCACUUCUACGUUCAAUCAAAGCAGCUGGCAUAAUAUUUUGAGCCCUAGUUCUAGUCUUACAAUGCUUAAUAGAUCGCAGUUUGGGCUAUGGAGGUAUCAAAAGGAUAAGAGUCGUGGUCUCUGGCCUUACGCUUUUGUUUCAGCACCUAGUAGAGAUGCUCAAUUUGGAUCUUCAUCGAUCUCGAAUGUACGCCAAGAAUUUAGCCUUGAGAGGAGAAAGUCGAAAGAGUUGUUGGUUGAUCAUCACGAUGCAUUUCACGCAGCUAUACCAGAUCAAGAGAAGAACUCAGGUGAAGAUGGACCAUCUAUGGGAGAUGAUAGUGAGAAGAAAAAUGUUACUUUCAUUGAUUUUCUUGGAGUUGGAUUAGUUUCUUAG